GGUGAGCCACCCGAGUCUGCGUGGCGGCCGACAGGAUCCUUUCCAAAGUCUUCGUCAUGGAGUAAUACAGACCGAGAGUGCCUUGUUCCGCACUGUAUGCACACGUGCAGCGCUGCCCGGUUUCUUUGCAAGUGAUUGAAAAGAAAACUCGCGAUGCCCGAAAACCCUGCUACAGACAAGCUGCAGGUGCUACAGGUGCUCGAGCGGCUGCGGGCUAAGCUGCAGGACAAGGGCGACACGUCACAGCAUGACACACUGUCCACCUUCUGCGACGUGCUGCAGAGCCCGCUCUUCACCCAGAUCCUCACACUGCAGAAGUCCCUGCGACAGCUCAAGGGCCAGCUCAGCCACAGCCCCUCAGCCAUACCUGCCAACUUCGACUUCUCGCGGAAGGGCCUGCUCGUAUUCACCGAGGGCACCACUGCCAAUGGGCAGGCACCCCGGCCCGCUGAUGCCUGCGUGGCCGUCCCAGGACCCGGCCCCUGGGCCCUGCAGCUGGGCAGUGACAGCUUCAACGCUACCGUGGAGCGGCUGGCCCAGGGCCGGCAGGUCGAGUACAUCAGUAUUGAGCGGCCGCCAACCGGGGGCCUGGGCUUCAGCGUGGUCGCCCUGAGGAACCAGCGCCUAGGGGAGGUGGACAUCUUCGUAAAGGAGGUGCACCCAGGCAGCGUGGCCGAACGGGAUCAGCGGCUGAAGGAGAACGACCAGAUUCUGGCCAUCAACCACACGGCCCUGGACCAGUCAGUCUCCCACCAGCAGGCAGUUGCCCUGCUGCAGCGCAGCACGGGGCCCCUGCACCUUGUGGUGGCCAGGGAGCCGGUGCUUGCGAGCAGCGGAUGCCCUGGAAGCCCCCCGGGCCUGGCACCCUUGGCUGCGCCUGACGUGGUUCGCUGGGGCCACAUGGAGGAGGUGGAGCUCAUCAACGACGGCUCUGGCCUGGGUUUUGGGAUCGUCGGGGGGAAGUCGAGUGGCGUGGUGGUGAGGACGAUCGUGCCUGGAGGACUGGCAGAUCGGGAUGGAAGGCUGCACACUGGGGACCACAUCCUGAGGAUCGGCGGCACCGAUGUGCAGGGCCUGAGCAGCGAGCAGGUUGCCCAGGUGCUGAGGACCUGUGGGAGCAUGGUCAGGAUGCUGGUGGCCCGGGAUCCAGCGGGCGGGAUCAUAGUGAAACCCCCCACACCCACCACCUCGCCUGUCGCCCUGCCUGCUGUCCUGACCAGCAGGAGCCCUGCUUCGGACAGUUCCUCACUUUUUGAAACUCACAACGUUGAACUCGUUAAACAAGACGGGCAGAGCCUUGGGAUUAGGAUUGUUGGCUACGUUGGAACAUCUCACACAGGGGAGCCCGCAGGCAUCUACGUGAAGAGCAUCGUGCCUGGCAGCGCGGCACAGCACAGCGGCCAGAUCCGAGUGGACGACCAGAUCGUGGCAGUUGACGGUGUGGACAUCCAGGGCCUGGCCAGUAAGGAUGUCGUGCAGGUGCUGCAGGCCUCGGGCCGCGUGGUGCACUUGACUCUGCUGCGCAGGAAGACGCCGGCGCCCUUGCCCCAGCGGCCCUCGGAGACAGGAUCCGUCGUGGGACCACCAAGGAGCCCAGCCCUCUUCUUGGCCGGAGCGGUGAACACGGAAACAAGCCUGGAUGAUGAAGAGGAGACCAGGGGAGACCUGGAUAACUAUGAGCAGGCCAGCAUCUGCGCCCCAGGGAAACUGGAACGAGCCUCAGAGUCUCCAGAAAAUGAGCCGAAGUCCAGAUGGGAGAAACUGCUGGGCCCUGACUACGAGGUCAUGGUCGCCACUCUGGACCCACAGAUUGUUGAUGACGCUGAGCUGCAGAAGUACUCAAAGCUGCUGCCGAUCCACACACUGAGGCUGGGCAUGGAAGUGGACUCCUUUGAUGGUCACCACUACAUCUCUUCCAUUGUUCCUGGAGGGCCCGUGGAUACCCUGAACCUCCUGCAGCCAGAAGAUGAGCUUCUCGAGGUGAACGGCGUACAGCUUUUUGGGAAGUCCCGGCGGGAAGCAGUCUCCUUCCUGAAGGAGGUGCCACCCCCCUUCACUCUGGUCUGCUGCCGGCGGCUGUUUGAUGAUGAGGCCUCUGUAGAUGAUGAGCCCAGGACCGCUGACACCUCUGCUCCUGAGAUGCAGGUCGAGCAGAGUGUUGAUGCCAAUACCGAAGAGGACGAUGACGGAGAACUAGCCCUGUGGUCUCCGGAAGUCAAGAUUGUCGAGCUGGUGAAAGAUCAUAAAGGCUUAGGAUUCAGCAUUCUGGAUUACCAGGACCCCUUGGACCCCACGAGGUCAGUGAUCGUGAUCCGCUCCCUGGUAGCGGACGGAGUGGCAGAAAGGAGUGGUGCACUCUUACCUGGGGACCGUCUGGUCUCUGUCAACGAGUACAGUCUAGAGGAUGCCAGCCUUGCAGACGCCGUGGAGGUGCUGAAGGCCGUGCCCCCAGGCACCGUGCAGCUGGGCAUCUGCAAGCCACUGGUGGAAGAUGAGAAAGAAGGAAGCUGUCAAGCUUUGCAGUCAGGCAGUAACGAAGACGAGGCCGGACCUGCAGGAGCCACAGGAGACGUGGAGCUGCCUCUCCUGCUCGAAGCCCCCCAGGGAUUUCGAGAUGAACCGUACCUCCGAGAAGAGCUUGUAGACGAACCAUUUCUAGAUUUGGGGAAGACUUUCCGGUCCCAGCAAAACGAGAUCAAUGACAGCCCGGAGGCCUGGGAGAUGCAGGAAUUUCUGAGCCCGGCACUGCAGGACCUGGGCGAGGAACAAGAGAUGCUGGUGGACGAGGAGUAUGCACUAUACCAGCACCGCCUCCAGGCCCUGGAGCUGCGCCCCGCCUCGUCCCUCCAGGAUGCUACGCCCACGCCGACCUGCCAGGAGCUACACUUGGGUGCACAGUGGUUGUCUGAUGAGUGUCCCGGUGGUGCUGAGUCCCCAGAUGCUAGGUCCCUGCGGAGCGUGUACUCCACCGACGUGCAGUACAUGAUGGAAGAGCGGUUUGGCAUUGACCCCCUCUCCGUGCCCUCUGACGCCAGUGGCCCACAUGGCACAUUCGAUGACCCAGAGCAUCUUGGUUCAUCCGGAGAAAGCAGCUUGGAUUUAGGCAUGACGAUCCCAGGUGCCGACCCAGGCCAGAGCAGGCUCCUGGACCUUCCCACUGGGGCUCAGAGGAGGGAGCACGACCUGCCUCUCUACCAACUGGCCAGGCCCCGAGAAGCCACACAGCCUUCCGAAGCGUGGCCCUCCAGACACGCAGCCGACGCACGCGAGCUGCCUGAGAGAGAAGAAGGCGAAGGAGAAGAGACACCAAGCUUCAGCCACUGGGGGCCCCCGAGAAUUGUGGAGAUUUUCAGAGAGCCCAGCGUGUCUCUGGGCAUCAGCAUUGUUGGUGGACAGAUGGUCAUCAAGCGCUUGAAGAACGGGGAGGAGCUGAAGGGCAUAUUCAUCAAGCAGGUCCUGGAAGACAGCCCAGCAGGCAGGACCAAUGCGCUGAAAACUGGAGAUAAAAUCCUUGAGGUGUCCGGCGUGGAUCUGCAGAACGCUAGCCACCAAGAGGCUGUGGAGGCCAUCAAGAAUGCAGGGAACCCUGUGGUGUUUGUGGUGCAGAGCCUCUCGUCCAUACCAAGAGUCCUUCCCAGUCCGCAUAACAAGGGCAGCAAAGUGGCCAAUGCCCCGGACCAAGACACCCAGGAAAAGGAGGAAAAGAGGCGAGGAGCAGCCCCACCGCCAAUGAAGCUACCUCCCCCGUACCAAGACCCUGCUGUGGAGGCCGAGGAAGAAGAGGAGGAAAAGGAGCCUGCCCGGCAGGACCAGGAUGAGAAAAUCAGGCAGAGAUAUGCAGACCUGCCUGGCGAGCUGCACAUCAUUGAGCUGGAGAAGGACAGGCAGGGGCUGGGCCUCAGUCUGGCGGGGAACAAGGACCGGUCCCUGAUGAGUAUCUUCGUGGUGGGGAUCCAGCCGGGGAGUCCUGCAGCUGUGGACGGGCGGAUGCGCGUGGGAGACGAGCUCCUGGAGAUAAACAAUCAGAUCCUGUACGGGAGAAGCCAUCAAAACGCAUCCGCCAUCAUCAAGACAGCCCCACGCAGAGUGAAGCUGGUUUUCAUCAGAAAUGAAGGCGCUGUCCAGCAGAUGGCUGUGCCCCCGCUACCAUGCAGCUCCCCGACUUCCACUGAGGACACGAGUAGCCCUGAGCCUGUCAGCAGUGAGGAUGACGGUGGUCUGGAAGCCAGCAAUGAGCCACUGCCUGAGAGCCAGCACUCCAAACCGAACACCAGUGAGAGGAAAGAGCAGGACCACAGUCCCGAGGCCUCCCUGGCUUCACAGGAGGACCCCUCAGCGCCAGCUCUGCCGUGCCAUGCAACAGAGGCUGACAUCACAGACUACGGUGACCCCCAGGCACCUCUGUCUGUGGACCCAGCCACGUGCCCCAUCAUCCCAGGCCAGGAAAUGAUCAUCGAGAUCUCCAAGGGCCGCUCUGGGCUGGGGCUGAGCAUCGUGGGAGGCAGAGACACCCCACUGGAAGCGAUUGUCAUCCACGAGGUCUAUGAGGAGGGCGCAGCAGCCAGGGACGGGCGGCUUUGGGCCGGAGAUCAGAUCCUGGAGGUGAACGGCGUGGACCUUCGGGGCUGCAGCCACGAGGAGGCCAUCACAGCGCUGCGGCAGACCCCGGCCCGGGUGCAGCUGGUGGUGUUCCGGGACACGGCCCAGUACAGGGAUGAGGACAGCCUGGAGGUCUUCACUGUGGAUUUGCACAAGAAGGCUGGCCGCGGGCUGGGCCUGAGCAUCGUGGGGAAGCGGACUGGGAAUGGGGUGUUCAUCUCCGCCAUCGUGAAGGGCGGAGCCGCAGAGCUGGACGGGAGGCUGACGCAGGGCGACCAGAUCCUGGCCGUGAACGGGGAGGACAUGCGCAGCGCCUCGCAGGAGACGGUUGCCACCAUCCUCAAGUGUGCUCAGGGCCUGGUGCAGCUGGAGAUCGGAAGGCUCCGAGCCAGCGCCUGGACCUCCUCGAGGAAGACGUCCAGGCACAGCCAGGAGGACCCACGUGGCGCCCAUGGCAGCUGCCCAACCGCUUUGGCCCCAGUCCUCGCUGGCCUUCAGAACCUGGUUGGAGCCCGAAGAGCUACAGGUCCUCUGGAGAGGAGCCCAGGUGCAGACGCAGAGCCCAGAACGGUGGAGAUCAUCAGGGAGCACAGCGAUGCGCUGGGGAUCAGCAUAGCAGGUGGCAAGGGCAGCCCCCUGGGGGACGUUCCGGUCUUCAUUGCCAUGAUCCAGGCCAACGGGGUGGCCGCGCGGACGCGGAGGCUCAAAGUCGGAGACCGCAUUGUGAGCAUCAACGGGCAGCCCCUGGACGGGAGGUCGCACGCGGACGCCGUGGCGCUGCUGAAGAAUGCCUUCGGCCGCAUCGUCCUGCAGGUGGUGGCCGACACCAACAUUGGUGCCAUUGCGACCCAGCUGGAAACCAUGUCCACCGGCCAGCACCCCAGCUCACCCGGCACUGACCACCCCUCAGAGGAUGCCGAGAUACCCCCAGCUAAGAUGAUUACUUUGGAGAGAGGCUCAGAAGGCUUGGGAUUCAGUAUUGUGGGGGGCUACGGAAGUCCGCAUGGAGACCUGCCAGUCUACGUCAAGACCGUGUCUGCAAAGGGCGCUGCAGCCCACGAUGGCCGCCUGAAGCGUGGCGACCAGAUUCUGGCUGUGAACGGCGAGAGCCUGGAAGGCGUCACCCACGAGCAGGCCGUGGCCAUCCUGCAGCACCAGCGGGGCACCAUCACCCUGGCUGUGCUGCCUCGGGACCCCAGCUGCUGUUAGGCCAGCGGACAGAGAGGCUCUGGGGAGGAGACGCCCAAGCCAACCACUGCCUGGAGCUGGAGGUGACCGGGACAGGUCCGGUUUCCAACCUGGGACCAGCAUCGAACGUUGGCUCUGCCAAUCCAGGGCUUUCGCUUCCAAUGAUGUUUGCUGAGCCGAGCAGGCAGCUGCUGGGCCUGAGCAUCUGUCCCUGCCCCUGCAUUGGGAGCCAGCCGUAGCCUCGGGCCCUACUGAGGAGCUGGUGGGUGCUGGCCAUGUCCCUCGCAGUGGACUGGGCUGGCCAUGUAUCCUCUCCUCCGCAGAAUGGGAGUCUUAUGAGGGUCGGGCCCACGCCUCCUGGUGGUCAUACCAUGCUUGUCCUUGGUGACCCUGGCAUUCUGCCAGCCCAGAGAGGCUUUCCCUUUGUUCUCUGAGCUCCAUAAAUGAGAGACCAGCCUGCUCAGGACAGGACACUCUGCUGGCCACCAGCAUGCACUCCUAUCUGGGGUUCUGAGGUCCUGGGUCCCAAGGAAGGGUGAGGCCAAGCCACAGGGUCCACAGAGCUGCUCUUACUCUGCCUCAGUCAGACGUGGCCCAGUGACAAAUUUGAUUGUGCACCUCCACAACUGGUACCCAGCAGCAGGAACCUGGCUGGAGCCAUGAACUCGGCUUGGAGCUCGGAGAGAGCCGGUGUCUCCUGUCUCCAGAAGCUUCCCUGGUGGACGGUCCCACACCAGGAAAACAGCGACAGCAGUAGCCCUCGGCACCCUGUCCCAGAGUGACCGGUGACCAGCAGGAAGAGACACUUGUUGGGCUCUAUUUAAACAGCACCGGGACGGCUGAGGCAGUCCCAGCCACAAGCCCCUCUCAGUGCCCCCAAACCUGAGUGGCUCUAAUGCCCGGUGUUUCUGGGUGUCAGCCAGGACUUGUCCUGAGCUGCUGAGGUCACCGGAGUAUCCUGUGGCUGUUCUCAAGCAGCUGUAGGUGAGGCUGGAGAUGCAUCGCACCACCACUCUGGGGGCUCUGGUGUCACUGCUGAGGGCAGGGCAUGGCUGGGAUGGAGAGCCGGGAGUGACCCAGUAGGAGCCCAGUCACCUGGGGCACUUGCAGAUGCACCUUCAAGGUGUCCACAGCACAUGCACACAGAACCCUGCAGUGUGACUCCGCUUCACUUGGAUGCAUGGCCAUUAAAUACCCAUUUGCAAGAAUGCA